AUGGCAAUCUUCACAUCAUUUGAGCACGAAACGGCCACGCAACAGCCUUCACAGUUAAAGUCUGUACAAAUCCAAGACCACCUGCGACAAGAACCACCAUAUCAUCGGGCAGUUCUAUGUUAUAUCGUUCGAGGCGCCAAUAUCGAACAAGAACUGCCAAAGAGUCCAAAGGCAAAUAGUGCUCAGGUUCGGAAAAGUGAUAGGGUUGCAUUGCCAUGUGGCCCUCUAGAGCCCCUUCUAGGGGUAAUAGAAGAUAACAGUUCGAGUCCUCUGGACACCGCCUGGAAGACGAUCAGAAAACAGACAAGCAUACCACCAUCCUCAUUGUCUGUCCUUCGAUAUGGAAAGAGCUUUUUUUCGGCGACUUCAUCUAUCGGUCAGAAAUGCCUCUUUUAUCCGUUCGCAUUCCAUCUCAAUACCUUGUCAGGGCUCAGCACCGAGGUAGAUAAGUUACGUCUUGAUCAAAGUAUUUGUGAAUGGGAUAACCGCGACCCGAAUCCGUACGACUUGAUGGACAGCCAUUACCACGGACAGGGCUUGCGAAAAAUUUGGUUUGAGAUCGAUCUUGGCCCAACGCCGGGAAAGAUGUUGGCGAGUGGCCUGAAGCAGCUUCAACACGAUCAUGAAAGUGGCGCACGGAAAUUAGCUGCUGUUUCAGUGAACAUCCUUCGGGCGGUCCUGGUCAACCUUGACGACCCCAUCACUCUCGGUGGCACAUGGUGGCAGAAAGCCAGGAUAACGGCCUGGCAUCUCUGGAAAAACGGGCGUCAAAGUAUGGACGCGGCCAUUCUCAGCUUUCUGCUGAUGACAUUGACUGAGAUCGAGACGUUUCUAUUGACUAUGGGUCCCGAGGAAACUUGCGACAAGCUGCACAUCUCUGAACUCUUCGACCGGAUACAGAAAAAGAUACGAUCUUAUAAGCUUCGCCUUAGCUACAAUUUCGGAUCAUACGCGAUGUCUAAAAUUAGCCGAACUGGUUCUAUACCUAAGCACUUGAAAAUCUUAACACUAUCUGCGAGUCAUACCAUUCGUGAAUGCAUCGCACAGCUGGUACGGAUCUCCGGCGCUCAGUCAAUCGAAAUCUGCGUCUUGGAAUCACGCCCUCUAUUCGAAGGUGUUUCACUAGCAUCUUCAAUUCUGGAAUAUCUUGAGAACGAACCUAACAGCCCCAAAGUCGACGUAUCUAUUUUUACCGACGCUUCGGUCGCCUUCGCAGCUCAAGGUGUCGAUUUUCUUCUGCUUGCAGCAGACCGCAUUGCAGCUGAUGGGUCAGUUAGUAACAAAACCGGAUCUUUGCCGGCAGCUCUAAGCGUGCGGCAUGUUUCCCCUUCGGCAGAUAUUAUCGUUGUGAGUGAGCUCGAUAAAGUAGCUAUGCAGAGCUGUGACACAGAAGCACAUACCAUGGAGAACAAUGAGUCCUCGGAGGUUUUAGACGCCUGGCAGCAGAGCGAGACCGUAAAGGGACUCGGCGUCAUUGAACAAAAGAUCCAAAAGAAGAGUCGACAAGUGUCAGUAAACGUACCGAACGUUUACUUCGAAUGGGUCCCUCCAACAUUGAUAGAUGCCUACAUCUGUGAAGAUGGUGUCAAACUCCCAUCUGAUUUCCGAAAACGGUCACAGUGGAUCAAAGAGCAAUGUGAGCGAUAUUUUGAUCAUGACUUGUGA